GAGAAGAGGAGAGAAAAAAAAAAAGUUUAGUAUCGGACUAAAUUUGAUUUAAAUAAGAAAGAUUACGGUGUAUGGGAAUUCCAAAAGGAACUGUGAAAUGGGAGGGCCAGGGCGGUGCCUGCUGGUUACGGGGCCACCGGGUGUGGGGAAAACCACGCUGAUCGUUAAGGUUUUUGAGAUGCUUAAGGCCUCUAACCCUAACUUGAAGAUCAAAGGCUUCUACACUCGAGAAAUCAGGCAAGGAAGCCAGCGUGUUGGCUUUGAAGUUGUUACCUUAGAUGGCCGAACAUCUCCCCUUGCCUCCACCUCUGUGUCCAGCUCGGAGUCUCUAAGAUGGCCCACUGUUGGGAGGUAUAAAGUUGAUAUAGCAUCAUUUGAGUCAUUGGCAUUGCCAGAACUGCAGGUUGAAAAAGAUGCUGAUCUCUUCAUCAUAGAUGAGGUUGGGAAGAUGGAAUUGUUUAGUUCAUCAUUUUUUCCGGCCGUUCUGAAGGUUUUGGAGUCAAAUACUCCACUUUUGGCUUCGAUCCCCAUUCCCAAGUUUGGACGGGAUAUACCUGGAGUUGCAAGGCUGAGAAAUCAUCCAGGGGCAAAUAUAUUGACGUUGAAUCCAAAUAAUAGGGAUGGGGCUAAAGAGCAAAUUCAUGGUCAACUGUUGAACAUGCUGGAGCAGCAGCAGCAUUAAGUGUGUUAUGCCUCGCUUGCUUCUAUCUAAGCCAGUUCCUUCCAUGUGCGCGAGUAAGUUUUUACUUUUAUGGCAUUUUCAAAUUUGCUUAAGCCAUAUAAAGUCAGUGGUGCUCAUGUGGACCUGAUCACAUAAAGCCUCUCCCUAAUUCUUUAGGGAUUAUUUACAAAUCACUAUGAUUUGUCCAUAACUUUAUGAUCUAAAAAUAGUUUUGUACUUUUUUUUUUUGGAACUUUACGGUGAUUUCUAAUUUUAAAUGAGUGCAGAUUUUAUUAUUA